CUGCUAGUUACCGCAAUGAUGUGUGCCUGCAGGCAGGCUGAUGGAUGUUUUUUGUGUAUUGGGGGUCAUGCUGGGUAUAUCCGAUCCGAUCGUGGCCAUCUCCCUCUUGAUCAGCCCAGACGUCCCUCGACCAUUCGUCACCUGGAGCUGCGUACACACAUACAUAUGUGCCUACUCACCCGUUCCAUGACUUGCAUUGCGGCUGCAGCCAGCUCCCUCACCGCCGUCCGCAGUACCCGCCGGCGGUCCGCUGCAGCAACCCGCUUGCACCUAAGCAGCAUAGCACCCCUAUACCGCAUGAAUACGCUCCCUACUCUGCGUCCGGUAGUUGGUUUGACAUCUGACGAUGCAACAGAACAAACAAUCUCGGCGUCGUGCGACUGUUUGUGCUCGCCGCGACAGGGUCGACCCCAGCUUUUUUUUUCUUUUCCAGGUUGACGAGUCGGACGCUGGCUGUGUUCCCAUUGUUUGUUUCUGAGAGCUCUGCACGCACAUGCGAAUCUAGAAUAGGUGGAUUGCGCCAUUCAUGUGUCCGAGGGUGCGUGGUGGGAAACUUAGCAUCGGAUACGACCAACAUGUCGGUCGGCCAAUAUACAAGCUUCUCUCUAAUUCUUGCACAACAAGCACGGUACCAACAUCAUGGUCGUACAGAUCCAUGGUACGCCACGGUACCAUGUGUGGUAUGGUACAAAUAUAGUUGGCCUAGCUCCAUACCAUUCCCAUGUCUCCGAAUCUCUCUCUCCCUUUCUCCCUCGACUGCAAUGUCGCACAC